UUGUAGCAGUAACCGCAGAAAAUCCAAUAUGGUGUCUCUCGUUCAGCGGUUUACAUCGGAUGUUCGUAUUUUGAGAUAAAAUCAUUGUCCGCCGACUGCGUAGAUAACAGUAAUUAUGAAAAUUCGAUUGAAAGGAUCGCGUUGCACGUGAAAACUCUCAUGCCACUGUGUCUCGCGCACGAUUGACAGCCGUGAAGAGAUCGGUGCCUCGAAGACAGUGGCCGAGAACUCCUGUCUUCCUUGGUGUACGGAAAAUUUUGAGAAAUAAAAAGAAAAUUCAAAAAUGGAAACUGGCAAGGUGGAAGAUAACGCGGAAAUAAGUGAUUCGGAAACGGCGGCGGUCAAAAUCAAAGAAAAGAAACUAAGCUCGAUUGCAGACGUCGCGACCCUAGAUAUAAAAUCACGUCUUAGUUUGGACAAGACAGAAGAGGCUUGCGACGAGCCUCAUGUUAACGGGAUAGCUCAAGUGAACGGUGUCUGCGAUUCUCCUCAAAGAACUGCCGAUGUCACCGUCACCGAUCUUUCUCCACAAUCCGAAACAAUGGAAGCUAGUCAUUUAAACCAACAUGAACAACCAGAAACAUUAGCCAUGGAAAGUACAGACAACGAUAUCCAAUAUGUUAGCUAUAUGAGCGAACUACAAAUGCCUGAUAUUAUGAAAUUAAUACAGAAGGACCUAAGUGAACCGUAUUCUAUUUACACAUAUAGAUAUUUUAUUCAUAACUGGCCGAAAUUGUGCUUCCUGGCGAUGCAUGGUGACGAGUGCGUCGGUGCCAUCGUCUGCAAACUGGACAUCCAUAGGAAGGUGAUAAAGCGCGGCUAUAUUGCGAUGCUAGCUGUUGAUGUGAAGUUUCGAAAACGGAAGAUCGGAUCGAAUCUCGUGAGGCGAGCCAUUCAGGCGAUGGUGAAGGACGAUGCGGACGAGGUAGUUCUGGAGACGGAAAUCACUAACAGGCCAGCGCUACGUCUAUAUGAGAAUCUUGGAUUUGUGCGUGAUAAACGAUUAUUUCGAUAUUACUUGAAUGGUGUGGAUGCAUUGCGACUAAAAUUAUGGCUCAGGUGAAAUUCAUCCACAUGCUUAUGUCAAUAGGUUUUUAAAUAAUUACAAUGUUGAAGAGAUAUAACAUCUAUGCUCUAAUAUAUCAAGCAAACGUGUGACAUUGAUGUCAAAGAGAUUAUUUGUUUUUGUACACACAAAUAUAUUUUCAGUUACGAUACUGUGCUGUUAAUUAUUUCAAUGUUUUGAGGAAUUCAAUUUAUGGUUUCUUUAGUUAUUAAUUUUAUUUAAAACAUUGUGUAUAUAAAAAGCUUCAUGUUGCGACAAGCUAAUUCCUAUUAUAUUAUUUUGGAAACAAUUUUUAACGAGGAAUUUAUUUUUUGUAUUGAGAUAAAUCUUCUCUAACAAUCUAACAGCCUACUGACUAUGUCCGUACAGGACAGAAUAUAUAUAUAGAGUAUAUAAUUUGUUAAUAGUGCCUAACUGUUGCCUGACUGUUAGUUUUUUUUGUUAUAAAUCUGUUGCAAUUUCUUUGAUAUUAAUGUCAGUGUGUGAUUGAGAUAAAUUUUAAUUGCAGCUUGAAAAUGUAAAAGUAAAGAGUGAUAGCAAGAGACAGAAUCGAGAAUGAAAAAUGUACUGAAAAUAAUUCAUGUAUUUUGCAGCAACUCACAUUGAUCAAAUGUACAUCUUGAAGCAUGUUUUUGUAACUGAUUUGAAAAAAAUUUAUAUUGUUGCAGUUAUAAUUUACUAGCAUGAAAAUUUUAUACAAGAUUAUAUAUAUAAUGCACAGAACAUCUUUCACAUUAUUAGGUAAAUAUAACUACAGAAAAAAUGGAUUAAAUUGAAGAAAAAGUUUAUAAACAUUGAUAGCAUUAAUUUUUUUAGCUAUUUUUUAAUCUAAUAUAAUUCAUGAUAGGAAUAGACUCCUAUUUUUACAAACAACAUUAUAAAUCUUAUAAUGUGCAUAAUAAUCUUACUAAAA